GAAACGCGGUUGAUACUUUCAUACACAAAAGCACGUGUGCCUAUAUGUAUUAUUUAAAAUGGGUCUUACAAAACAAUAUUUAAGAUUUGUUUCUGGAGGAAAUGUAAAUUUAAUUGCUGACUCUAAGUGCAACGUAAUUUUUGUGACAUUAGAAAAUCAAAUUGGGAGAUUCGUUGCAGCAGGAGCAUGUGAACAUGUUUAUGUCUGGGAUCUUCGCCUGGGCGAGAAGGUUCAAGUAUUGUCAGGAGAAAAAGCCAAUGUUACUUGUUUGGCAGCAUCUCCAAAUAAAAGACAGAUAGCUGCAGGUUACGAUGAUGGUACUAUCAAGACAUUUGAUUUAAAGUCUUCUGAAAAUAUAGCUACAUUUGUUGGGCAUCGCUCAGAGAUCACUUGCAUGGCUUACGAUGAGUUGGGUCAAAGAUUAAUUUCAGGAUCUAAAGAUACAGAUAUUAUUAUCUGGGACAUCAUUGCAGAAAAUGGUAUUUCACGAUUACAAGGACAUAAAGGAGUCAUAACAAGUGUGUCUUUUAUGAAAAAUAAUAUUGCCAUAAGUUCUUGCACAGAUGCAACUCUUAAAUUCUGGGAUUUGGAUAACAAUCAUAAUUUUGAAACUUUGAGUUACAGAUCUGAGAUUUGGAGUUUUACAUUAAUUGGCAAUUAUUUAAUUUUUGGAAGUAGCAGCCCAGAUUUAGUAGUAAACAAAAUUUCCUGGAAAGAUGAUGAUCUGACCUGCCCCUUGCAAUGUGUCAAAUUUGGUACUAUUGUCAGAGCUGGUAAGGGUAGAGUACAAAACUUAAUCACUGAAGGUGAUGUACUGUGUUGUUAUGGGAAUGACAACACAGUGGAAAUUUUUAAUUUCUUAUCAGAUUCAGCAGCCGAAACAAUAAAAAAACAAUUUCGUCGUUUAAAUCCUGUCAAAGUCUCAAAUAAAGUCAAAUCAGCUGCAUUAGUUAUGGGAAGAGGAGGAGAAUUGAGGGUUUGUGCUAGUCUAAAUAACAAUUCCAUUGAAUUGUAUUCAAUGAAAAUUGAUGAUAAGAGUGAGGACCCUGAUUUACUUAAACAAUUAAUCUCUCAUGGUCACCGAAGUGAAGUAAGAGCUGUUUGCUUCAGUUCAGAUAAUUUAGCGUUUGCAACUGUAAGCGGUGAAUCCAUCAAAGUUUGGAGCAGAACAACCCAGAAAUGCAUAUGUACAAUUGAGGGCGAAUAUUCUCUCUGUGUAAUUUUUGUACCUGGAGAUAGACACUUGAUUGUCGGCACCAAGUCUGGAAAAUUGCAGAUCGUUGAUAUUGCUGCAGCGGAAAUCGCAAUUGAAUUUGAUGCUCAUGAUUCUAAAGAAGUGUGGUCUGUUGCACUCCUUCCAUCACUGAAAGGUGUUGUUAGUGGAGGAGCAGAUGCAACAGUCAAAUUUUGGGACUUUGAACUGGCUGAUCCAGAUAAAGAAUCUGAAAGUAGAGCAAAAGUUCUUACUCUAAAGCCUCAUAAACUCUUGAAAUUAGAUCAAACUGUGAUGUGCGUCAGAGUUAGUCCUAAUAAUAAAUAUGUAGCAGUUGCUUUAUUGGACUCAACUGUGAAAAUCUUUUGGCAUGAUACCUUGAAAUUUUAUCAUUCUUUGUACGGUCACAAUUUGCCAGUACUAUCUAUGGAUAUCUCUAGUGACUCUACACUAAUAGUCACUGGAUCAGCGGAUAGAAAUAUUAAAAUUUGGGGAAUGGAUUUCGCUGAUUGUCAUAAAUCUCUAUUUGCUCAUGAUGAUACAGUGACAGGUGUUGCAUUUGUUCCAAAAACCCAUUACUUUUUCACUUGUGGCAAAGAUGGAAAAGUCAAAGAAUGGGAUGCUGAUAAUUUUGAGAAAAUUAUUACAUUACCAGGCCAUGCUGGCCAAGCACAUGGAUGUGCUGUAUCAUCUAAUGGAACAUAUCUUGCAUCUUGUGGAUCGGAUAAAGUGGUUCGCAUGUAUGAAAGAAGCCAGGAAAUUUUAGUACUAGAAGAUGAAGCAGAAGAAGAAAGAGCAAAAGAAGAUGAGCUUGUAACUGGUGAUACAACCGCUGUCCAAGGGCAAAAAACUCAGGCUUUACCUUCUAGAAAAACGGUGAAUGCCGAAAAAGCUGCUGAGCUUAUUAUUGAAUGUCUUGAUUUAUGUGAAGAAUAUGAAGAAUCAUGUGCUAAUGUCGUUCCGCCAAAUCCAAUGCCACCUUUACCUUUAUUGAUGCAAACUUAUAAAUGCCAAAAUGUUAAUGAAUAUUUCAUUGAGACGUUUAAACGAGUUCGAGCUUGUGAUUUUGACGAAGCUCUAUAUCUUCUUCCCUUUUCAACUGCUUGUAAAAUAUUAAAAAUUUUACCAAAAUUACUUCAGAGUGAUUAUCAGGCAGAAAUGAUUAUUAAGGUUGGCCUUAGUCUAAUAGAGGCUCACAAUAAACCUAUAACUGCAAGUAAAGAUCUUCUACCUCAAAUUGAAGAAAUUCAUCGCCUUGCUUUAGAACGAAUCUCUACUAUAAGGGAUAUGGUUGGAUAUAACUUAUAUGCACUAGAGUAUGAGCAACGAGAAAAUGAACAGAAGGAAGGAAUAUUGCUUUUCCAAGAUGCUAAAAAGAAAGCUAAGAAUCGAUCAAAACAAGUCAAACGUCGAGCUAUUGCUCUAAUGUAGUAUCUUAGUGGCUUUGCGUUAUUCCAAUUGUACAGACUGUAAAUAAGUAGAUCGUAUAAAAUUUGCAAGUGUAAUAUCACUACAAUCAUUUUUCAAAUAUUUUGUAGUAAAUUGAU